UUUAUUUUCCAUCUCACAUCAUAGUCCUUUGAAUGAAAUCAUCUUGAAGAUUAAUCAGCAUUGAGACGUAGGUCUUGAGCUGCUACUUAAUUCCCCGCGGAUUUUCUUUCGUUUACAUCUUUUUGUUGUUGUGAUAAUUAUUGAGUAGUAAAAUGCUGAUGCAUUGUAGACUUGUGCUUCGCUGUGUAAUUUGUCUCUGUCUGGUGGGCUUUACUGCUGCAAAAUGUCAUCCUGAAAAGUGCGGUUCAAUAAGUGUGAGUUACCCUUUCUGGAUCAACAAUUCUGGUUGUGGAUACCCUGGUUUUGAAAUCACAUGCGAGAAGGAUAAAGUUACUGGGAUGUUGGCUCCGUUCUUUUAUGUCAAUGUUGGCAAUUAUACUGAUGGGAAGCUUAAAGGUAAUUAUAAAGAUGGGUUUCUUUAUCCUUACAAGAUCAUGGAGAUCGGUUAUACAGGCUACCUUGUCAUAGACUCCUAUUAUAACUAUGCCUGGACGUGUAAUAACACCUUUGGGACAACCUACUUUCAUCUACCUUCAGAUGGGUCUUUCACUAUUUCAAACUCCAAUAAGUUCGUGGUUGUCGGCUGCAAUACAUCAGGUACCUAUAGUUUUGGGGAUCUGGGAGAGGUGAGAUGUGUAGCAAUUUGUGACCCUCAAACUGAUCGACCAUAUUGCCGCUAUGGGUGUUGCGAAAUUAACCUUCCAAAUAAUUGGCGGUCAAUUGAUUUCACGGGAGGAGGUAUGUUUCCUAUAUUCAAUUCUACUGACAAAAAAUAUUAUAACGAGUGUGGUUUCUCCACCAUAUUCGACCCCUCCACCUUCAAGAUCCUCGACAAUAAAUCAAAUAUUUAUUGGGGAGAUGGCAGCGAAGUUUCUUAUGGUCUCCGCCUUAACUGGGGUAUAGGCCUUCAGAACUGUUCUAUGGCUAAAGCAACUACCAAAUAUUCUUGUUCCAUCAACGGGGAGUGCAUUGAGUCUCCUUCCGGAGGAGGGCAUGUAUGCAGUUGUCUUCCUGGAUAUGAAGGAAAUGGCUACUUUAACGGCACAGAUUGUACAGACAUAGACGAGUGCAGCGAUAAGAAGUCGAAUAUGUGCGUUGGAGAGGAGGGAGGAGGAAUAUGCCUGAAUUCGAUAGGUUCGUACAACUGUUCUUGUGCAAAGGGUUAUCAAGGAGAUGGCUUUCGAAAUGGGACAAGAUGCAUGUCCACAAGUUCAAAUCGCGCUGUUUUUCCUGCAAUCAUAGGAUCAGUCUCUUCGUUUGUGGUUCUCUGUUUAGCAGCGUCUCUUGUGGUUUGGUGGCUAAAGAGACGCCACUUCAAACUUGAGGAAAGGAGGAUAAGCAGCGUGUCUUGUGGUUUGGUGGCUAAAGAAACGCCACUUCAAAGUUGAGGAAAGGAGGAAAAGGCCGUCGAUGAAAGAGGUCGUGGAGGAACUUUUCUGGGUAAGAGGCAGCGCAAGAAAGACAAAAUUCCAUAGCAAUGUAAAAUUUGACGAUGCAAUAUUUGAGCAGACAGGAAUUUUUAGACAAGCAUCACAAACUUCAUAUGAAUUCAGGAGUUACACUUUCCCAUCUGCAACUGGGAGUAUGCCAGAGGAACCAUUCACUGCACUGGUUGAGAUGUCGACAAUGCAUGACAGAUUGACUUCAGAGGAAAGAAUUUCUAGUCUAGGUUGGAAUAUGUAGUUUUCCCCCGAAACACUAAAUAUCAUGUUUAGAAGUGGUCAUUGAGUUUUUUAAUGUAAUAUAUCAGUCAAAUCUUCAAAAAGUUUUCAUUUUC